AACGUCUAACCUCGUUUAUUUUAUUGAUGACUAUGUCAGAUGUUCUACAACUUGAUUGUUCUAUAGAUAAUGAAAUCGCGCGAAAUGCUACGAAAAAUUUUGCUGAAAUGCUUGGAAAAACAUUCGAGCAAUAUAAAAAAUUAUGGAAUGAAUACUUAAAAUUGAGAAAGUAUUGUGAAGAUGCCAAUUUUAAGAUUCCAUUUCAGUUGUUUCAGUCAGAUUGUUAUAGUAAUAUAGAUACUUCUAACACAGAUGUCAAUACAUCAUCACAAAAAUAUGGAUGUUCUACAGAAUCAUCUGAUAUAAGUCAGGUACUAUGUACAAGUAUUCCUGUUGUACUGGAUGAAAGUGUUUCAUAUGAUGAUAAAUUUGACAACAAACAAACAAACCAAAAAAAUUUACCAAGCAGUCCAAUACUUAUAAAAGAUUGUUUCAGAUACAGGAAAAACAAUAAUAUAUCCAGUCAUUCUUCUUCAAACGAUUCUAAUGAAAAUAUAGUACAGCAUUAUUUACCAAUAAAAAAGAAUCUUUUUGUUUCUGCAAGUAGCUCUCAAAAAUCUGAACUAUCCAUUGAACCAAAGGAUGAUAAACCUUCAUUAUUUUCAAUUCACGAAAACAAUGAUGAAGUACAAUGUACACCUAUGGCAAAUAUACCAAGAAAAUUGGGAGUCAGUAAGCUGUAUAAUGUUGGUACUACAUUAUUGAAAAAUGGGAAAAAAAUAAAACAAUCAAAACUUGUAUUUCUUCCACCUGAACAAUCAGCAGAUAACAGAUUAUAUCUUUCAAAAUCACAUUUAUUAUCUUCACCUAAAAGGAUAAAUCAAGAUCAGAAUAAAUCAAUAGAUGAAGAAAUAAUACAAGUUAGCCCUAAUAAGCAUGCUGAAUUAAAUCUAAAAAUAAAAAAUUUGAAAGUUAAGAGAAAGACUCCUAUUAAGAUUACUCGAAAUAAUAAUGCCAAAUUCCCUUUAAAAGAAAGUGGUCAAUUAACCCUUAAUCAGAAUUCACUAUCUACAUGUACAUCUGAGCAAAAAAGUCAGUUAUCUCCAAUUAGAAAAUUCAAAACAUUUAGUUUCUCAAAUAAUGAAAAGAUUAAAACGAAUCGUGAUAUAAGAUCUUCUUUAUCUCCAGUUGAUACUGUUGAACAAAUGCAUUAUGUGGAUGAUAAAAACUUAUUGACUGUAAUAAAAAAAAAUGAAGAGUUAGACAGUGUAAAAGAUAAUGAUCAAACAAAAGAAGGGUCAAAUUCACAAUUAAGUGACCAGAAACAUCAGAAUAAUUCAUCAUAUGAAAAUGAUGAAACAUUUUGUUUGAUAGGAGAAAAGCUCAAAAAAUUUAAAGAUGAUAGAUUACCAAAAUCUUCACCUGUAAGGAGGAGUCUUAUGAGUAGUUUUGAUGUGCCAUGCAAGAGAAAGAAUGUAGAAAUUGAUCAGCCUUCAAAGAAAAAAUCGGACAGAGCAAAGAUGGCUGGUGUUACUUGUUGGGAAUGUAAAAAGUAUUACGCUAAUCUCGGACUUUCGGAAGAAGAAAUAAAAGCAAGACAGAAUCAGUGUUCUCGGCAUCGAACUAAUGAAAAAAAAAAGGGGGAUACACCCGAAGGAUUUUGGAAUCCUUUAUUUUCUGGUACAUACGCAUCUACUUUGCAAGAUGAUUAACACAGACCAGGUUGAAGUACAUUUUAUUAAUUUAGUAAUUUUCUUAAAUGUCCAUGAUAUUUUCUAUUUAAAUUUAUACUAUUUAUUAAUA